AUGACUUUAGGCUUAAUGAUCGGUGACUCUUCUCUCCCCUACUCCUUACAGUGUGACACAAUCUUCCGACAAAGAUAUGGGCUUAGUUUCGUUCAGACGACUGUUACUCAAUUCAGACCUGUGCCUCGUCUCGGUCAGGAUCCUAACACAGAGGUGGAUUUGGAACUGGAGUUCAAUGCGACCUCCACAGUACCUAUCCCCAAGGGCAGUGACAUUGUUGAAACAUUGAAAGAGGCUGUGACCAAUCCAAACUCUAACUUCAACUUAUCUUUGGAUCUGAACUCCAUCACUGUGAUAAAUGCCCCUGCUACAACAACUAUUCCUGCUACAACUGCCAUAACAACGGCACCUCCUCCAGUGGUGGAAUUACAAGUCACCUUGCAGCAAGCUUUUGUACCAGCCUUGACUGACCCUCAAAGCACAGAAUUCAAAACACUAUCAGUAACCAUUACUACAAUUUGUGACACAAUCUUCCGACAAAGAUAUGGGCUUAGUUUCGUUCAGACGACUGUUACUCAAUUCAGACCUGUGCCUCGUCUCGGUCAGGAUCCUAACACAGAGGUGGAUUUGGAACUGGAGUUCAAUGCGACCUCCACAGUACCUAUCCCCAAGGGCAGUGACAUUGUUGAAACAUUGAAAGAGGCUGUGACCAAUCCAAACUCUAACUUCAACUUAUCUUUGGAUCUGAACUCCAUCACUGUGAUAAAUGCCCCUGCUACAACAACUGUUCCUGCUACAACUGCCAUAACAACGGCACCUCCUCCAGUGGUGGAAUUACAAGUCACCUUGCAGCAAGCUUUUGUACCAGCCUUGACUGACCCUCAAAGCACAGAAUUCAAAACACUAUCAGUAACCAUUACUACAAUUUGUGACACAAUCUUCCGACAAAGAUAUGGGCUUAGUUUCGUUCAGACGACUGUUACUCAAUUCAGACCUGUGCCUCGUCUCGGUCAGGAUCCUAACACAGAGGUGGAUUUGGAACUGGAGUUCAAUGCGACCUCCACAGUACCUAUCCCCAAGGGCAGUGACAUUGUUGAAACAUUGAAAGAGGCUGUGACCAAUCCAAACUCUAACUUCAACUUAUCUUUGGAUCUGAACUCCAUCACUGUGAUAAAUGCCCCUGCUACAACAACUGUUCCUGCUACAACUGCCAUAACAACGGCACCUCCUCCAGUGGUGGAAUUACAAGUCACCUUGCAGCAAGCUUUUGUACCAGCCUUGACUGACCCUCAAAGCACAGAAUUCAAAACACUAUCAGUAACCAUUACUACAAUUUGUGACACAAUCUUCCGACAAAGAUAUGGGCUUAGUUUCGUUCAGACGACUGUUACUCAAUUCAGACCUGUGCCUCGUCUCGGUCAGGAUCCUAACACAGAGGUGGAUUUGGAACUGGAGUUCAAUGCGACCUCCACAGUACCUAUCCCCAAGGGCAGUGACAUUGUUGAAACAUUGAAAGAGGCUGUGACCAAUCCAAACUCUAACUUCAACUUAUCUUUGGAUCUGAACUCCAUCACUGUGAUAAAUGCCCCUGCUACAACAACUGUUCCUGCUACAACUGCCAUAACAACGGCACCUCCUCCAGUGGUGGAAUUACAAGUCACCUUGCAGCAAGCUUUUGUACCAGCCUUGACUGACCCUCAAAGCACAGAAUUCAAAACACUAUCAGUAACCAUUACUACAAUUUGUGACACAAUCUUCCGACAAAGAUAUGGGCUUAGUUUCGUUCAGACGACUGUUACUCAAUUCAGACCUGUGCCUCGUCUCGGUCAGGAUCCUAACACAGAGGUGGAUUUGGAACUGGAGUUCAAUGCGACCUCCACAGUACCUAUCCCCAAGGGCAGUGACAUUGUUGAAACAUUGAAAGAGGCUGUGACCAAUCCAAACUCUAACUUCAACUUAUCUUUGGAUCUGAACUCCAUCACUGUGAUAAAUGCCCCUGCUACAACAACUGUUCCUGCUACAACUGCCAUAACAACGGCACCUCCUCCAGUGGUGGAAUUACAAGUCACCUUGCAGCAAGCUUUUGUACCAGCCUUGACUGACCCUCAAAGCACAGAAUUCAAAACACUAUCAGUAACCAUUACUACAAUUUGUGACACAAUCUUCCGACAAAGAUAUGGGCUUAGUUUCGUUCAGACGACUGUUACUCAAUUCAGACCUGUGCCUCGUCUCGGUCAGGAUCCUAACACAGAGGUGGAUUUGGAACUGGAGUUCAAUGCGACCUCCACAGUACCUAUCCCCAAGGGCAGUGACAUUGUUGAAACAUUGAAAGAGGCUGUGACCAAUCCAAACUCUAACUUCAACUUAUCUUUGGAUCUGAACUCCAUCACUGUGAUAAAUGCCCCUGCUACAACAACUGUUCCUGCUACAACUGCCAUAACAACGGCACCUCCUCCAGUGGUGGAAUUACAAGUCACCUUGCAGCAAGCUUUUGUACCAGCCUUGACUGACCCUCAAAGCACAGAAUUCAAAACACUAUCAGUAACCAUUACUACAAUUUGUGACACAAUCUUCCGACAAAGAUAUGGGCUUAGUUUCGUUCAGACGACUGUUACUCAAUUCAGACCUGUGCCUCGUCUCGGUCAGGAUCCUAACACAGAGGUGGAUUUGGAACUGGAGUUCAAUGCGACCUCCACAGUACCUAUCCCCAAGGGCAGUGACAUUGUUGAAACAUUGAAAGAGGCUGUGACCAAUCCAAACUCUAACUUCAACUUAUCUUUGGAUCUGAACUCCAUCACUGUGAUAAAUGCCCCUGCUACAACAACUGUUCCUGCUACAACUGCCAUAACAACGGCACCUCCUCCAGUGGUGGAAUUACAAGUCACCUUGCAGCAAGCUUUUGUACCAGCCUUGACUGACCCUCAAAGCACAGAAUUCAAAACACUAUCAGUAACCAUUACUACAAUUUGUGACACAAUCUUCCGACAAAGAUAUGGGCUUAGUUUCGUUCAGACGACUGUUACUCAAUUCAGACCUGUGCCUCGUCUCGGUCAGGAUCCUAACACAGAGGUGGAUUUGGAACUGGAGUUCAAUGCGACCUCCACAGUACCUAUCCCCAAGGGCAGUGACAUUGUUGAAACAUUGAAAGAGGCUGUGACCAAUCCAAACUCUAACUUCAACUUAUCUUUGGAUCUGAACUCCAUCACUGUGAUAAAUGCCCCUGCUACAACAACUGUUCCUGCUACAACUGCCAUAACAACGGCACCUCCUCCAGUGGUGGAAUUACAAGUCACCUUGCAGCAAGCUUUUGUACCAGCCUUGACUGACCCUCAAAGCACAGAAUUCAAAACACUAUCAGUAACCAUUACUACAAUUUGUGACACAAUCUUCCGACAAAGAUAUGGGCUUAGUUUCGUUCAGACGACUGUUACUCAAUUCAGACCUGUGCCUCGUCUCGGUCAGGAUCCUAACACAGAGGUGGAUUUGGAACUGGAGUUCAAUGCGACCUCCACAGUACCUAUCCCCAAGGGCAGUGACAUUGUUGAAACAUUGAAAGAGGCUGUGACCAAUCCAAACUCUAACUUCAACUUAUCUUUGGAUCUGAACUCCAUCACUGUGAUAAAUGCCCCUGCUACAACAACUGUUCCUGCUACAACUGCCAUAACAACGGCACCUCCUCCAGUGGUGGAAUUACAAGUCACCUUGCAGCAAGCUUUUGUACCAGCCUUGACUGACCCUCAAAGCACAGAAUUCAAAACACUAUCAGUAACCAUUACUACAAUUUGUGACACAAUCUUCCGACAAAGAUAUGGGCUUAGUUUCGUUCAGACGACUGUUACUCAAUUCAGACCUGUGCCUCGUCUCGGUCAGGAUCCUAACACAGAGGUGGAUUUGGAACUGGAGUUCAAUGCGACCUCCACAGUACCUAUCCCCAAGGGCAGUGACAUUGUUGAAACAUUGAAAGAGGCUGUGACCAAUCCAAACUCUAACUUCAACUUAUCUUUGGAUCUGAACUCCAUCACUGUGAUAAAUGCCCCUGCUACAACAACUGUUCCUGCUACAACUGCCAUAACAACGGCACCUCCUCCAGUGGUGGAAUUACAAGUCACCUUGCAGCAAGCUUUUGUACCAGCCUUGACUGACCCUCAAAGCACAGAAUUCAAAACACUAUCAGUAACCAUUACUACAAUUUGUGACACAAUCUUCCGACAAAGAUAUGGGCUUAGUUUCGUUCAGACGACUGUUACUCAAUUCAGACCUGUGCCUCGUCUCGGUCAGGAUCCUAACACAGAGGUGGAUUUGGAACUGGAGUUCAAUGCGACCUCCACAGUACCUAUCCCCAAGGGCAGUGACAUUGUUGAAACAUUGAAAGAGGCUGUGACCAAUCCAAACUCUAACUUCAACUUAUCUUUGGAUCUGAACUCCAUCACUGUGAUAAAUGCCCCUGCUACAACAACUGUUCCUGCUACAACUGCCAUAACAACGGCACCUCCUCCAGUGGUGGAAUUACAAGUCACCUUGCAGCAAGCUUUUGUACCAGCCUUGACUGACCCUCAAAGCACAGAAUUCAAAACACUAUCAGUAACCAUUACUACAAUUUGUGACACAAUCUUCCGACAAAGAUAUGGGCUUAGUUUCGUUCAGACGACUGUUACUCAAUUCAGACCUGUGCCUCGUCUCGGUCAGGAUCCUAACACAGAGGUGGAUUUGGAACUGGAGUUCAAUGCGACCUCCACAGUACCUAUCCCCAAGGGCAGUGACAUUGUUGAAACAUUGAAAGAGGCUGUGACCAAUCCAAACUCUAACUUCAACUUAUCUUUGGAUCUGAACUCCAUCACUGUGAUAAAUGCCCCUGCUACAACAACUGUUCCUGCUACAACUGCCAUAACAACGGCACCUCCUCCAGUGGUGGAAUUACAAGUCACCUUGCAGCAAGCUUUUGUACCAGCCUUGACUGACCCUCAAAGCACAGAAUUCAAAACACUAUCAGUAACCAUUACUACAAUUUGUGACACAAUCUUCCGACAAAGAUAUGGGCUUAGUUUCGUUCAGACGACUGUUACUCAAUUCAGACCUGUGCCUCGUCUCGGUCAGGAUCCUAACACAGAGGUGGAUUUGGAACUGGAGUUCAAUGCGACCUCCACAGUACCUAUCCCCAAGGGCAGUGACAUUGUUGAAACAUUGAAAGAGGCUGUGACCAAUCCAAACUCUAACUUCAACUUAUCUUUGGAUCUGAACUCCAUCACUGUGAUAAAUGCCCCUGCUACAACAACUGUUCCUGCUACAACUGCCAUAACAACGGCACCUCCUCCAGUGGUGGAAUUACAAGUCACCUUGCAGCAAGCUUUUGUACCAGCCUUGACUGACCCUCAAAGCACAGAAUUCAAAACACUAUCAGUAACCAUUACUACAAUUUGUGACACAAUCUUCCGACAAAGAUAUGGGCUUAGUUUCGUUCAGACGACUGUUACUCAAUUCAGACCUGUGCCUCGUCUCGGUCAGGAUCCUAACACAGAGGUGGAUUUGGAACUGGAGUUCAAUGCGACCUCCACAGUACCUAUCCCCAAGGGCAGUGACAUUGUUGAAACAUUGAAAGAGGCUGUGACCAAUCCAAACUCUAACUUCAACUUAUCUUUGGAUCUGAACUCCAUCACUGUGAUAAAUGCCCCUGCUACAACAACUGUUCCUGCUACAACUGCCAUAACAACGGCACCUCCUCCAGUGGUGGAAUUACAAGUCACCUUGCAGCAAGCUUUUGUACCAGCCUUGACUGACCCUCAAAGCACAGAAUUCAAAACACUAUCAGUAACCAUUACUACAAUUUGUGACACAAUCUUCCGACAAAGAUAUGGGCUUAGUUUCGUUCAGACGACUGUUACUCAAUUCAGACCUGUGCCUCGUCUCGGUCAGGAUCCUAACACAGAGGUGGAUUUGGAACUGGAGUUCAAUGCGACCUCCACAGUACCUAUCCCCAAGGGCAGUGACAUUGUUGAAACAUUGAAAGAGGCUGUGACCAAUCCAAACUCUAACUUCAACUUAUCUUUGGAUCUGAACUCCAUCACUGUGAUAAAUGCCCCUGCUACAACAACUGUUCCUGCUACAACUGCCAUAACAACGGCACCUCCUCCAGUGGUGGAAUUACAAGUCACCUUGCAGCAAGCUUUUGUACCAGCCUUGACUGACCCUCAAAGCACAGAAUUCAAAACACUAUCAGUAACCAUUACUACAAUUUGUGACACAAUCUUCCGACAAAGAUAUGGGCUUAGUUUCGUUCAGACGACUGUUACUCAAUUCAGACCUGUGCCUCGUCUCGGUCAGGAUCCUAACACAGAGGUGGAUUUGGAACUGGAGUUCAAUGCGACCUCCACAGUACCUAUCCCCAAGGGCAGUGACAUUGUUGAAACAUUGAAAGAGGCUGUGACCAAUCCAAACUCUAACUUCAACUUAUCUUUGGAUCUGAACUCCAUCACUGUGAUAAAUGCCCCUGCUACAACAACUGUUCCUGCUACAACUGCCAUAACAACGGCACCUCCUCCAGUGGUGGAAUUACAAGUCACCUUGCAGCAAGCUUUUGUACCAGCCUUGACUGACCCUCAAAGCACAGAAUUCAAAACACUAUCAGUAACCAUUACUACAAUUUGUGACACAAUCUUCCGACAAAGAUAUGGGCUUAGUUUCGUUCAGACGACUGUUACUCAAUUCAGACCUGUGCCUCGUCUCGGUCAGGAUCCUAACACAGAGGUGGAUUUGGAACUGGAGUUCAAUGCGACCUCCACAGUACCUAUCCCCAAGGGCAGUGACAUUGUUGAAACAUUGAAAGAGGCUGUGACCAAUCCAAACUCUAACUUCAACUUAUCUUUGGAUCUGAACUCCAUCACUGUGAUAAAUGCCCCUGCUACAACAACUGUUCCUGCUACAACUGCCAUAACAACGGCACCUCCUCCAGUGGUGGAAUUACAAGUCACCUUGCAGCAAGCUUUUGUACCAGCCUUGACUGACCCUCAAAGCACAGAAUUCAAAACACUAUCAGUAACCAUUACUACAAUUUGUGACACAAUCUUCCGACAAAGAUAUGGGCUUAGUUUCGUUCAGACGACUGUUACUCAAUUCAGACCUGUGCCUCGUCUCGGUCAGGAUCCUAACACAGAGGUGGAUUUGGAACUGGAGUUCAAUGCGACCUCCACAGUACCUAUCCCCAAGGGCAGUGACAUUGUUGAAACAUUGAAAGAGGCUGUGACCAAUCCAAACUCUAACUUCAACUUAUCUUUGGAUCUGAACUCCAUCACUGUGAUAAAUGCCCCUGCUACAACAACUGUUCCUGCUACAACUGCCAUAACAACGGCACCUCCUCCAGUGGUGGAAUUACAAGUCACCUUGCAGCAAGCUUUUGUACCAGCCUUGACUGACCCUCAAAGCACAGAAUUCAAAACACUAUCAGUAACCAUUACUACAAUUUGUGACACAAUCUUCCGACAAAGAUAUGGGCUUAGUUUCGUUCAGACGACUGUUACUCAAUUCAGACCUGUGCCUCGUCUCGGUCAGGAUCCUAACACAGAGGUGGAUUUGGAACUGGAGUUCAAUGCGACCUCCACAGUACCUAUCCCCAAGGGCAGUGACAUUGUUGAAACAUUGAAAGAGGCUGUGACCAAUCCAAACUCUAACUUCAACUUAUCUUUGGAUCUGAACUCCAUCACUGUGAUAAAUGCCCCUGCUACAACAACUGUUCCUGCUACAACUGCCAUAACAACGGCACCUCCUCCAGUGGUGGAAUUACAAGUCACCUUGCAGCAAGCUUUUGUACCAGCCUUGACUGACCCUCAAAGCACAGAAUUCAAAACACUAUCAGUAACCAUUACUACAAUUUGUGACACAAUCUUCCGACAAAGAUAUGGGCUUAGUUUCGUUCAGACGACUGUUACUCAAUUCAGACCUGUGCCUCGUCUCGGUCAGGAUCCUAACACAGAGGUGGAUUUGGAACUGGAGUUCAAUGCGACCUCCACAGUACCUAUCCCCAAGGGCAGUGACAUUGUUGAAACAUUGAAAGAGGCUGUGACCAAUCCAAACUCUAACUUCAACUUAUCUUUGGAUCUGAACUCCAUCACUGUGAUAAAUGCCCCUGCUACAACAACUGUUCCUGCUACAACUGCCAUAACAACGGCACCUCCUCCAGUGGUGGAAUUACAAGUCACCUUGCAGCAAGCUUUUGUACCAGCCUUGACUGACCCUCAAAGCACAGAAUUCAAAACACUAUCAGUAACCAUUACUACAAUUUGUGACACAAUCUUCCGACAAAGAUAUGGGCUUAGUUUCGUUCAGACGACUGUUACUCAAUUCAGACCUGUGCCUCGUCUCGGUCAGGAUCCUAACACAGAGGUGGAUUUGGAACUGGAGUUCAAUGCGACCUCCACAGUACCUAUCCCCAAGGGCAGUGACAUUGUUGAAACAUUGAAAGAGGCUGUGACCAAUCCAAACUCUAACUUCAACUUAUCUUUGGAUCUGAACUCCAUCACUGUGAUAAAUGCCCCUGCUACAACAACUGUUCCUGCUACAACUGCCAUAACAACGGCACCUCCUCCAGUGGUGGAAUUACAAGUCACCUUGCAGCAAGCUUUUGUACCAGCCUUGACUGACCCUCAAAGCACAGAAUUCAAAACACUAUCAGUAACCAUUACUACAAUUUGUGACACAAUCUUCCGACAAAGAUAUGGGCUUAGUUUCGUUCAGACGACUGUUACUCAAUUCAGACCUGUGCCUCGUCACGGUCAGGAUCCUAACACAGAGGUGGAUUUGGAACUGGAGUUCAAUGCGACCUCCACAGUACCUAUCCCCAAGGGCAGUGACAUUGUUGAAACAUUGAAAGAGGCUGUGACCAAUCCAAACUCUAACUUCAACUUAUCUUUGGAUCUGAACUCCAUCACUGUGAUAAAUGCCCCUGCUACAACAACUGUUCCUGCUACAACUGCCAUAACAACGGCACCUCCUCCAGUGGUGGAAUUACAAGUCACCUUGCAGCAAGCUUUUGUACCAGCCUUGACUGACCCUCAAAGCACAGAAUUCAAAACACUAUCAGUAACCAUUACUACAAUUUGUGACACAAUCUUCCGACAAAGAUAUGGGCUUAGUUUCGUUCAGACGACUGUUACUCAAUUCAGACCUGUGCCUCGUCUCGGUCAGGAUCCUAACACAGAGGUGGAUUUGGAACUGGAGUUCAAUGCGACCUCCACAGUACCUAUCCCCAAGGGCAGUGACAUUGUUGAAACAUUGAAAGAGGCUGUGACCAAUCCAAACUCUAACUUCAACUUAUCUUUGGAUCUGAACUCCAUCACUGUGAUAAAUGCCCCUGCUACAACAACUGUUCCUGCUACAACUGCCAUAACAACGGCACCUCCUCCAGUGGUGGAAUUACAAGUCACCUUGCAGCAAGCUUUUGUACCAGCCUUGACUGACCCUCAAAGCACAGAAUUCAAAACACUAUCAGUAACCAUUACUACAAUUUGUGACACAAUCUUCCGACAAAGAUAUGGGCUUAGUUUCGUUCAGACGACUGUUACUCAAUUCAGACCUGUGCCUCGUCUCGGUCAGGAUCCUAACACAGAGGUGGAUUUGGAACUGGAGUUCAAUGCGACCUCCACAGUACCUAUCCCCAAGGGCAGUGACAUUGUUGAAACAUUGAAAGAGGCUGUGACCAAUCCAAACUCUAACUUCAACUUAUCUUUGGAUCUGAACUCCAUCACUGUGAUAAAUGCCCCUGCUACAACAACUGUUCCUGCUACAACUGCCAUAACAACAGGCACCUCCUCCAGUGGUGGAAUUACAAGUCACCUUGCAGCAAGCUUUUGUACCAGCCUUGACUGACCCUCAAAGCACAGAAUUCAAAACACUAUCAGUAACCAUUACUACAAUUUGUGACACAAUCUUCCGACAAAGAUAUGGGCUUAGUUUCGUUCAGACGACUGUUACUCAAUUCAGACCUGUGCCUCGUCUCGGUCAGGAUCCUAACACAGAGGUGGAUUUGGAACUGGAGUUCAAUGCGACCUCCACAGUACCUAUCCCCAAGGGCAGUGACAUUGUUGAAACAUUGAAAGAGGCUGUGACCAAUCCAAACUCUAACUUCAACUUAUCUUUGGAUCUGAACUCCAUCACUGUGAUAAAUGCCCCUGCUACAACAACUGUUCCUGCUACAACUGCCAUAACAACGGCACCUCCUCCAGUGGUGGAAUUACAAGUCACCUUGCAGCAAGCUUUUGUACCAGCCUUGACUGACCCUCAAAGCACAGAAUUCAAACACUAUCAGUAACCAUUACUACAAUUUGUGACACAAUCUUCCGACAAAGAUAUGGGCUUAGUUUCGUUCAGACGACUGUUACUCAAUUCAGACCUGUGCCUCGUCUCGGUCAGGAUCCUAACACAGAGGUGGAUUUGGAACUGGAGUUCAAUGCGACCUCCACAGUACCUAUCCCCAAGGGCAGUGACAUUGUUGAAACAUUGAAAGAGGCUGUGACCAAUCCAAACUCUAACUUCAACUUAUCUUUGGAUCUGAACUCCAUCACUGUGAUAAAUGCCCCUGCUACAACAACUGUUCCUGCUACAACUGCCAUAACAACAGCACCUCCUCCAGUGGUGGAAUUACAAGUCACCUUGCAGCAAGCUUUUGUACCAGCCUUGACUGACCCUCAAAGCACAGAAUUCAAAACACUAUCAGUAACCAUUACUACAAUUUGUGACACAAUCUUCCGACAAAGAUAUGGGCUUAGUUUCGUUCAGACGACUGUUACUCAAUUCAGACCUGUGCCUCGUCUCGGUCAGGAUCCUAACACAGAGGUGGAUUUGGAACUGGAGUUCAAUGCGACCUCCACAGUACCUAUCCCCAAGGGCAGUGACAUUGUUGAAACAUUGAAAGAGGCCGUGACCAAUCCAAACUCUAACUUCAACUUAUCUUUGGAUCUGAACUCCAUCACUGUGAUAAGGACCUCAAGCACAGCCACAGAUGUCUCGACAAAUACAACAGCUACACCUGUUGCAACAUCAACAACAAAAGGAAUCACAACCACUACUUCCAUCUCAGUCGCUGUUCCUGUUACCACAGUACCUGGUUCUGCCAUCACAAUACCAACUGGAGAACCCGUCACUGUUCUUGUUACUGGUUAUACAACUACAACCACAUCUGUGGCCCCCUCAACUACUGUUUCAAGCACAGCCCCAACAUUGGCUAUGACAACUACCAGCACAAUUCCAACAACUACUUCUACUACUACGACAACAACUACCACAACGACUGCACAUCUUGCAGUGGUUACAUUACAACUCACCAUACAAGAGGUUUUUGUACCAGCUUUGAGUAAUCCUCAAAGCACAGAAUUUCAAACACUUGCGGUAUCCUUUACUUCAGAGUGUGACGUGAUCUAUCGAGCAAAAUAUGGGAUAUUUUUCAUCCGGACGAUUGUCAUUUCAUUCAUACCAGUGUUCCGUUCUCGUAUGGCAGCAGACACACAGGUGGAGCUGGAAGUGGUGUUCAAUGAGACCGCCAUUGCAACUAUCGCUAAUGCAACUAUGCCCAAGGACAUUGACGUUAAAGAUACACUGAAAGAGGCUGUGACCAAUCCAAACUCUACCUUCAACCUCUCUGUGGUUCCAAACUCCAUCACUAUUAUCAGGACCCCAAGCACAGCCACAGAUGUCUUUACAAAUACAUCGGCUUCUCCUGUUGCAACAUCAACAACAAGAGGAAUCACAACCACUACUUCCAUCUCAGUCGCUGUUCCUGUUACCACAGUACCUGGUUCUGCCAUCACAAUACCAACUGGAGAACCCAUCACUGUUCCUGUUACUGGUUAUACAACUACAACCACAUCUGUGGCCCCCUCAACUACUGUUUCAAGCACAGCACCAACAUUGGCUAUGACAACUACCAGCACAACUCCAACAACUACUUCUACUACUACGACAACAACUACCACAAUGACUGCACAUCUUGCAGUGGUUACAUUACAACUCACCAUACAAGAGGUUUUUGUACCAGCUUUGAGUAAUCCUCAAAGCACAGAAUUUCAAACACUUGCGGUAUCCUUUACUUCAGUGUGUGACGUGAUCUAUCGAGCAAAAUAUGGGAUAUUUUUCAUCCGGACGAUUGUCAUUGCAUUCAUACCAGUGUUCCGUUCUCGUAUGGCAGCAGACACACAGGUGGAGCUGGAAGUGGUGUUCAAUGAGACCGCCAUUGCAACUAUCGCUAAUGCAACUAUGCCCAAGGACAUUGACAUUAAAGAUACACUGAAAGAGGCUGUGACCAAUCCAAACUCUACCUUCAACCUCUCUGUGGUUCCAAACUCCAUCACUAUUAUCAGUGCCACCACAAUUACAACGGCUACUCCUGUCAUCACAACCGUUGUCCCAGCUGCUCCAACAACUACAACUGCUGCUGCCACUACAACCUCUGUGGCCACAAAUACACUCACUACAGUGUCUGUGGAGUUCACGUCCAAAGGAGAGACAUUUAUCUCCGACCUAUCAACCUCAUCCUCUCAGGCCUUUCAAACUCGAGCAUCACUGAUUAAAACACAGCUUGAACCUUUCUAUCGAUCAGCUUUCACCUCUUUCAACAGUUUGACAGUAAUAAAAUACAGAAAUGGAUCAAUCAUUAACACCAUGAAUUUAGCAUUUAGCUCCUCCGCUGUGCCAAAUUCCAAGGAAAUCGGCACCGUUUUGAUAAAGGCUGCACAAAACAUCACAGCUUUCAACAUCAACCCCACGUCAGUUACUGUCAGCGGUGAAGUUGUGACCUCAAGUGGAAUAAGCAGCAAGACCAGUCUCUUCACUGCUUCCUGUCUGGUGGUGUUGUCGCUGCUGCUGUCAAGCUAGUCUCAGCAGCAAGCAGCAGUAUGAAAUAUCUUAACUUUGAAAAUGUAUUUACCUCAUGUCCCCCACUCCCAUCAUAUGUAAUGGCAACCUAUUUAAUCAGUAUUUGUUAACCUAAGUUGAUUCUCAUUAUAGUUAUAGUUAUUAUACUCAUUAUUCAAAUUGAAAUAAACCUAUUCUAAACAA